ACUUCAAAAUUUCUCAGUCAGUUAUUGUGAGAUUUGUUUGCUAGUUUCAUGGGUCAGACACAGGCGAAGAAGAACGAUUAUGGCCACAAGAACGAGAGAGCAAAGAAGAACGAGGAAACGACGUCGUCAUAUCCGACCACAGUUGUCUUGAAGAUCGACAUGCACUGUGACGAAUGCGCAUCAAAAAUCAUCAAAUGCCUACACGCUUUCGGAGGCGUGGAGUGUUUGAAGCCAGAGAUUAAGACAGAAAGCGUUGAUCCCAUCAAACCAAAGGACAAGCUUUCUGGGAAGACUAAGAAGAAUGUUGAUAUUGCCUCUCCUCUUUCCAACAAGGACAAGGAAAACAAGCCCAAAAACAACGAAAAGAAAACCAAAGACAAAGAGGCUCCGGUGACAACAACGGUGCUGAAGGUGUUUAAUCUUUGCCCGUGCCAAGGUUGCUCCCAUAGGAUUCGCAGGGCUGUGUUGAAGUUCAAAGGGGUUAAGGAAGUGAGUACAGAUAGGGAGAAGGGGAUGGUGAUGGUUAAGGGCACAAUGGACGUGACAGCUCUGGUGCAGAAGUUGUCGGAGAAGUUUAGGAGGAAGGUUGAGGUGGUUCCUGCCAAGAAGGAGAAGGAGAAGGAGAAGGAGAAGGGAAAGGAGAAGGAGAAGGAGAAAGUAAAGGAGAAGGAGAAGGAGAAGGAGAAGGAGAAGGAGAAGGAGAAAGUGAAGGAGAAGGAGAAGGAAAAGGAAAAUGAGAAGGAGAAGAAGAAGAAGGAAAAUGAAAGUGAGAAAGAAGGUGACAAAGGAGGGAGUGGCUCCACCAAGAAGAAGAAAAAAGGUGGUAAUGAAGGAGAUAAUGAUAAGGAUAACGAGGGAGAUGGUAAAGGUCAGGCGAAAACUGAAAAAAACAAUAACAAUUAUAUGGUACCCGCAUGUGGUUAUGGUUAUGGUGAAUACUACUACUACGUGGGGCAAUAUUAUCCUGCAUCAGAGAUGUUCAGUGAUGAAAAUCCCCAUGCUUGUCACAUUAUGUGAUGAAGCUUUGAAAUUUUUAUGACACUCGAAGAAAUGGAUUUGAGGUGAUUCUACGAGCUUGGGGUACAAAAGAGUCGCUAUUUUUCAACUUAAGAAGAAAACCCUUCAUUUGAGCCAGGUGUGGAUAGCAUAGAGAGAAUUUUGCGAUUGAUAGACUCUGUUAUUGUUCACCCUAUUCAGGCUUUGUUAUUAUAGUAUAUAAUGCAAGUGAGAUGAUAAAAGAAAGAGCUAUGACCCAAUUUUUGUUUUUCUUUUCACGUUGAAUAGGCAUUAGUAUCAUAACAGAGACGAUGCUGGUGCACUCGAUUUUCCUUAUACUAGUAGUUUCUCAGUUGUACUUUCUACCUGUAUAACUUGUCCUGUUCAUUACCCUAUAUUUUUAACUCCCAUUGUAUUGCAAUUGCAUUGAGGUAAUGAGAACAACUUU